CUCGGCCCUGCGCGCUGAUUGGCUGCGCCGGCGGCCCGCCCGCCCUUCCGCUUCCGCUCAUGCUUUGCUCCCCUUGCAUCAUUCCACGGGCCUCCGCGGCUGCCGGGCGCCCGCAGGAACAAAAUGGUUGAACAGGUCCCAGAAAACAUCAGCUUUCCUGCUGAGGAGGAGAAAAUCUUGGAGUUCUGGACACGCUUUAAUUGUUUCAAGGAAUGCCUUAAGCAGUCCAAAAACAGGCCCAGAUUUUCCUUUUAUGAUGGGCCUCCGUUUGCCACGGGGCUUCCUCACUACGGACACAUUCUGGCGGGCACCAUCAAGGACAUCGUCACCAGAUACGCGCACCAGAGUGGAUUCCACGUGGACAGAAGAUUUGGCUGGGACUGCCACGGUUUACCCGUGGAAUACGAGAUCGACAAGUCCCUGGGAAUCAAAGGGCCAGAGGACGUGGCCAAGAUGGGCAUCGCCGAGUACAAUCGGCAAUGCCGAGGGAUUGUGAUGCGCUACUCGGCCGAGUGGAAGGUCACCAUCUCCAGGCUGGGCCGCUGGAUUGACUUUGAGAACGACUAUAAAACCCUGUACCCCCAGUUCAUGGAGUCGGUCUGGUGGGUGUUCCGCCAGCUGUAUGACAAAGGCUUGGUUUACCGAGGGGUGAAGGUGAUGCCCUUUUCGACAGCCUGCAACACUCCACUCUCCAACUUUGAGUCCCACCAGAACUACAAGGAUGUCCAGGAUCCCUCGGUCUUUGUCACUUUCCCUUUGGAGGACGAUGAAGCUGUGUCUUUGGUUGCGUGGACCACCACGCCCUGGACUCUGCCCAGUAACUUGGCCCUCUGCGUGAAUCCGGAUCUGCAGUACGUGAAGAUUCAAGAUGCCGCUACAGGAAAGAUCCUGAUCUUGAUGGAAGCCAGGUUGGUGGCCCUGUACAAGUCAGAGAGCGACUAUGUGAUCCUCGAGAGGUUUCCUGGUGUUUCUCUGAAAGGCAAGCGCUACAAGCCCAUGUUUGAGUAUUUCGUGAAGUGUAAAGAAAAUGGUGCCUUCACCGUGCUUGUGGAUCACUACGUGAAGGAGGAGGAGGGCACUGGCGUUGUGCACCAGGCGCCAUACUUCGGGGCUGAUGAUUACCGGGUCUGCAUGGACUCCAACAUCAUCCGGAAAGAUUCUGUCCCCGUGUGUCCUGUUGAUGCCUCUGGCUGCUUCACGUCCGAGGUCACCGCCUUUGCCGGGCAGUACGUGAAGGACGCUGACAAGAACAUCAUCCGGGCCAUCAAGGAGCAAGGCCGACUGCUCCUCGUGGGCACUUUCAGUCAUAACUACCCCUUCUGCUGGAGGUCUGACACGCCACUGAUUUACAAAGCCGUUCCGAGCUGGUUUGUCAGAGUGGAGCACAUGGUGGACGGGCUUCUGAAGAACAAUGACCAGUGUUAUUGGGUUCCUGAGUUUGUGAGGGAAAAGCGCUUUGGCAAUUGGCUCAGGGAUGCCCGGGACUGGGCCGUCUCCAGGAACAGAUACUGGGGCACCCCGAUCCCGCUGUGGGUCAGUGACGACUUUGAAGAGGUGGUCUGCGUUGGGUCUGUGGCAGAGCUGGAAGAGUUGACGGGAGUGAAGGUCUCAGAUCUGCACAGGGAGAGCAUCGAUCACCUGACGAUCCCUUCCCGCCUGGGGAAGGGUGCCUUGCGCCGUGUGCCCGAGGUCUUCGACUGCUGGUUCGAGAGUGGGAGCAUGCCCUAUGCUCAGGUCCACUACCCCUUUGAGAACAGGAGGGAGUUUGAGGAAGCCUUCCCCGCAGACUUCAUUGCGGAGGGCAUCGAUCAGACGCGCGGAUGGUUUUACACUCUGCUGGUGCUGGCCACUGCACUCUUUGGGAAGCCGCCCUUCAAGAACGUGAUCGUAAACGGGCUGAUCCUGGCCAGCGAUGGUCAGAAAAUGAGCAAGCGGAAGAAGAACUACCCUGACCCAACGUCCAUCAUCGACAAAUAUGGAGCCGACGCCCUGCGGCUGUACCUCAUUAACUCCCCGGUGGUCCGAGCAGAGAACCUGCGAUUUAAAGAGGAAGGGGUCCGAGACGUCCUCAAAGACGUCCUCCUCCCGUGGUAUAACGCCUACCGCUUCCUCGUUCAGAACAUCCUUCGUCUGCACAAGGAAUCGGAGGUAGAAUUCCUCUAUAAUGAGAACGCCGUGAAGGAGAGUGCCAACAUCACUGACCGUUGGGUCCUGUCCUUCAUGCAGUCCCUCAUCGCCUUCUUUGAGGUCGAGAUGGCCGCUUACCGACUAUAUACAGUGGUGCCCCGACUGGUCAAGUUUGUGGAUGUGCUGACCAACUGGUAUGUCCGAAUGAACCGCCGGCGGCUCAAGGGUGAAAAUGGGACUAACGAUUGUGUCACCGCCCUAGAGACCUUAUUUAGCAUUCUCUUCUCCCUGUGCAAGCUCAUGGCUCCCUACACGCCUUUCCUCACUGAGCUGAUUUACCAGAAUCUGAAGACCCUCAUUGACCCGGCCUCGGUCCGGGAGAAGGACACACUGAGCAUUCACUACCUCAUGCUUCCUCAUGUCCGAGAGGAUCUGAUUGACAAGAAGACCGAGAACGCCGUUUCCAGGAUGCAGUCGGUCAUCGAGCUGGGCCGAGUCAUCCGGGACAGGAAGACGAUUCCAAUCAAGUAUCCUCUGAAGGAGAUUGUGGUCAUCCAUCAGGACCCUGAAGCCCUAGAUGCCAUCAGGUCUUUGGAGAAGUAUAUCCUUGAGGAGCUGAAUGUCCGGCAGGUGACCUUGUCCACAGAUAAAAAAAAGUACGGCAUCCGGCUAAGAGCAGAGCCCGACCACAUGGUUCUGGGCAAGCGCCUGAAAGGGGCUUUCAAGGCUGUGAUGGCGUCCAUCAAGGAGCUGCCCAGUGAGCAGCUGGAGCACCUACAGCAGACAGGUUCCCUUGUCGUGGACGGGCACGAGCUUCACAGAGAAGACGUCCGCCUCCUGUACACCUUUGACCAGGCCAAGGGGAGCACGUCUCACUACGAAGCGCACUCAGAUGCUCAGGUUCUGGUGCUGCUCGAUGUCACCCCUGAUCAGAGCAUGGUCGACGAAGGCGUGGCCCGGGAGGUCAUCAACCGCAUUCAGAAACUGCGCAAGAAGUGCAAUCUGGUCCCCACGGAUGACAUCACCGUGUACUACCAGUCGCCCUCGAAAGGAGACUACCUGGACACCGUCAUUCAGAGUCACACGGACUUCAUCUUGGCUACCAUCAAGGCCCCCCUCCAGCCCUACCCGGUGCCCCCGGCGGGCAGAGUGCUCAUUCGAGAAGUGACCCAGCUGAAGGGCUCUGACCUGGAAAUCACCCUCACGAGAGGCUCAUCGCCCCCUGCCCCGGCCUGCGCUUACGUCAACGUGAACGUCUGUGUCAACGGCAAAGAGCGAGGUGGAGUCCUGCUCCUGGAGAAUCCAAAAGGAGAUCACCGGCUAGACCUUGCCAAACUCAAGGGCGCCAUAGGCAGCAUCUUUGACCUUCGCGCCCCAGAGCUGGCCGUUUUCCAUGGAAAAACAGAAGUCGCCAACAAAACGGACUUGUUGAGCCUCAGUGGGAAGACCCUGUGUGUGACGGCGGGAUCCCCGCCAGAGGCGGCCCAGAACGCGGCCGUUCUCUGCGGGUUCCUCAAUCUGCAGCUCCUGAAUGCCAAGCCACAAGAGUGUCUGGUGGGACAGGUGGGGACGCUGCUCUUGGAGAACCCACUGGGCCAGAAGCCCCUGACUUACCAGGGCCUGCUCCAUGAGACGGCCAAGGUGUUUGGCCUGCGCAGCCGGCGGCUCCGGCUCUUUCUGAACGAGUCCCAGACCCAGGAAAUCACGGAAGACAUCUCUAUGAAGUCGCUCAACAUGCAGACGGUGUACGUGGACGUGUUACCUACCACCGCAGACUGCUGACCGCCCCCUUCUGGGUAUGGCUCCUGCCCAUGGUCACCGGCCAGCCUGAGUGCAAGGACUUGGGCCCCAAACACAGCCUUCCCUCCCCCUCCUGCCGAGCUCACCUCUGACACCUUACCUCCAGCCUCCUGUCGGGCGGUCUGGGGGUGGCCGUCAGCAUCCCUGGGGCUGUCACAAGGCAGUUUGGCCAAUAAAUGUGAAAACCACCCCCGCCCCAAGAAGUCAA